UGUGAAAGAUACCUUUCCUUCAGCAGAGUUCGCAUUCGAUAACUACCUGCGUCCGCUCGUUGUUUUCCCCUGACCUUCACCAUCCCGUUCGCACCCCAUUCGUCCAUCCCAGGAAAGUCCCGAUGAGCGGCAGCCAGCCAGUCAGUGAGAGUGCCUAGCCAAUCUAUGUUGGGCCAUUGCAUUGGCUGCCUACAGCCUUCCUCAUAGUGUCUAGUAGCGAGUGAGUCGGGAGAGUCGCAGGCAGCAAGCAGUCAAGAACCCGUAACAAACCCCAGUCAAUCAGGCAGACCCACAAACCCCGUGCAGGCUAGAUAGAUGUGUGCAUCGACGAGUUGCAGUUUUGUUUUGCAGUAGGAAAAAAUGUUUGCAUUCACCUGCGCCACCCCGAGAACCAGGCGAAAAUAAUGUCCACCGACGAGGAGUCCUAUCCGCUGCACGAGUGCGUGUUCAAGGGAGACACUCGAAAGUUGUCCCAGUUGCUGCGGACGCACGAACCCUCCGGAAAGGACAAACAUGGCAACACACCACUGCAUCUGGCGGUUAUGCUGGGCCGAAAAGAAUGUACCUAUCUCCUGCUGGCACAUGGUGCACCGGUUAAAGUGAAAAAUCAACAAGGAUGGUCCCCACUAGCCGAGGCCAUUUCCUACGGAGAUCGGCAAAUCAUAUGUUCCUUACUCAAAAAACUCAAACAACAAGCCCGCGAACAGAUGGAUCAACGAAGGCCCAACCUGGUAAAAGCCCUGAAGCAGAUGGGAGACUUCUACAUGGAACUCAAGUGGGACUUCCACUCGUGGGUUCCGCUGAUCUCGCGCAUCCUCCCGUCGGACGUGUGUAAAAUCCACAAGUCCGGUUGCUCGAUCCGGCUGGACACCACCCUGGUGGACUUCUCGGACAUGCGCUGGGAACGAGGCGACAUCUCGUUCAUCUUCAGGGGCGAAAAUCAUCCCAAAGACUCACUGACGGCGCUGGACAACGAAUGCCGCUGCUACCAGCACGUACGCCACGAGGAAACCGAGCUGGAAAUCGAAGACGAAGUGGACAUCCUGAUGUCAAGCGACAUUCUCGCGGCACAGAUGUCGACCAAAAGUAUUAGCUUUACGAAGGCACAAUCGGGCUGGAUCUUUCGCGAGGACAAGAAGGAAACCGUGGCCGGACAGUACGACAGUGAUCUCUACACCAUCAACGGGCUGACGCUGGAGCAACGGAAACGAAGGGAGCAUCUCUCGCGGGACGACCUACAGAAGAACAAGGCCCUGAUGGAAUCGCUGACCAAGGGUGGCCAGUCGGCAGGAAUUGACCAGAAUGGUGAAAUCAUUCGAAGGGCUUCGCUGCAACCACCGCCUAUCAAUAGCAUUACGUGGGAGGAGUACAUUUCGGCCGAACCGGGACAGUAUCCCAACUUGGGACGUGACUUAGUUUAUAAGGAAUCGAGUAAGAAUUUUAGAGCUACCGUUGCUAUGAGCAAAGACUUUCCGCUGAGCGUGGACAUGCUGCUGAGCGUGCUGGAGGUGAUCGCACCGUUUAAACAUUUUAGCAAAUUACGGGAAUUCGUCACGCUGAAGCUGCCGAGCGGCUUCCCGGUGAAGAUCGACAUCCCCAUCCUGCCGACCGUGUCGGCCAAGAUCACCUUUCAGAAGUUUGAGUUCCGGGACGACAUCUCGCCGGAGUUGUUCGUCAUUCCGGACAACUACAAGGAGGACAGCAUGAGAUUUCUCAUCUAUUUUAUAGAUUUCCUGAUUUAUGACCUUUCGAUUUCGAACACGUAAGCUGCGAACCGUUGGUGGCCACAAGCCCAGUGGCCAAUCCGAUUGUAGGACCCCUCGACGUUGGCUGUUGCAGUCGCAUCCCUCGCGACUCCGAAAUCCGUAGUAUUUGAAGCAGAGAUUUGAAAAAAGUCGUCAUAAAAUCAAUUUUACCGUUCAAACAUCAUCAUCACCAUCGUCCAUACCAUAUCCAGGCGCAUCAUAAUCAUCUUGAGAGCGACUCUUCGUUGUUCGCUAUUUCAUCUUUGUAGAAAUUACUGAUACCCAGCAAUAAUCAACAAGCAUCGUAAAGGCUACCCAACCGACUGGACCCUAGUCUGGAAAUUCUGUGUCCAGCUAGUGUCAUGACCUCAGCAGUUACAUAAACAGAUCUUAGUCGUGUCAUACAAAGACAAGAGAAAAACUAAAGUUUCAAUCCUCAGCAUCCCCUUUUUCUACACACAAUCAAUCAAUCACUUUGACUACAGGUUAAAUAAUCCAUUCCAUUAACGUAAAUCGAUAUCCUUAUAAAUGAUAGCAAAGAGUAAAGGAGAAAAAAAAAUGCAAACAAAAAUAUCAUUUUACCGUUCGAAUAAACGAAUAUGUGAAACAAAUUUGAAACACUUUAACAAAUUGGAGCAAACACUUGACCCAAAGUGAAGAAAUAAACACAAAUCGAAAGGCAAUCAGCAAAAAAAAAAUCCCUCAGCUUGACCCGAAUGUUCAUUUAGGCAAACAAAACUGUCCAGCAUCCUGUUGCUUGUUUGCGCUUCGUCGAAAUAGGAAAAAAAAAUCAAAUUGUAAAAGUGAUAUGGAAACACAGAAAAUAAAAGAUCAUCGUUAAGUAGCAGAUAAUUAGUACCAACAAAUCAACAUUGUCGUCUCCGCGUGCAGUGAAUGUUUCGUUAGGAGAAAAUGGUUUCCCGUUGCGUUAUGCUUCAUUAUUUGCAGAAUUAAGCAAGCAUACCUACGUGAAAUAGAAAAGCGCUUACCUCCGGUUCCUUUCCCUGUUUGUCCUGAACUCCUCACUGUACCGUACCCGUUGUAUUCCUGCGCCUUCUUCUUGUACGUAAGAUGAAUAGCAAAUAAACAAUUUGUUUAGUUUUACCAACCAA